AUGAGUAAUGGGGAAAGGGUUGAUAGGAGAUGGCUAGUAUAUUCAACUGUUAGGGAUCGCGUGUUCUGUUUUAGUUGCAAAUUGUUUAAGGGAGAUGGGGUUGAUUGUCAGUUGGAUACCAUUGGCUCUAAUGAUUGGCAUAAUCUUGGAAAAAAACUUAGACAGCAUGAUACCUGCCAUGGGCAUCUAGAAUCCAUGUCUAAAUGGAAUGAACUGGAAAGAAGAUUGAAGAAGAAUGUAACUAUCGAUAAGGCUAUGCAAGAACAGAUCAAGAGAGAAAAAGAGUAUUGGAAACAAGUCUUGGUUAGAAUAGUUUCUCUUAUCAAAACUCUUGCUAAAAAUAAUUUAGCUUUCCGCGGUGAUAACGAAAAGAUUGGCCAAUCAAAUAACGGCAAUUUUUUGAGCUUUAUUGAAAUGAUUGCAGAGUUUGAUUUGGUAAUGCAAGAUCAUCUUCGACGUUUCAAAGUAUAG